UAUCCUUACUUAUCUCUCACAACACACGCCAAUCAAACCCACUUCCACUCAUCAACCCAAAUCCCCCCAAAAAAUCUCUAAAAUGGCGUCCUCUGUCUGCGCCUCUUCAGCCGUUGCUGCUGUUGGUCUCUCUUCCCCAAGCAGUUCCCAGAAGAGUGGGUCAAUUAUUAAUGUUGGAGCAACAAAGGCUUCUUUCCUUGGAGGAGCGAGAAAGCUCAGGCUUCGUAAGUACACCGCUCCGGCUUCGGCCGGAACGCGAUCGGCCACCGUUUGCGUAGCCGCUGCCGACCCUAAUAGGCCUCUCUGGUUCCCAGGGAGCACCCCUCCUCCAUGGCUUGAUGGCAGCCUCCCUGGAGACUUUGGAUUUGAUCCCCUUGGGCUCGGAUCCGAUCCGGAGACAUUGAGAUGGAUGGUACAAUCAGAGCUGGUUCACUGCCGGUGGGCAAUGCUGGGAGCAGCCGGCAUCUUCAUCCCCGAGUUCCUAACCAAGAUCGGCAUCCUCAAUACUCCUUCCUGGUACACCGCCGGCGAGCUGCAGUACUUCACCGACACCACCACCCUCUUCAUCGUGGAGCUCAUCUUCAUCGGCUGGGCGGAGGGCCGCCGCUGGGCUGACAUCCUCAAGCCCGGCUGCGUCAACACCGACCCCAUCUUCCCCAACAACAAGCUCACCGGCACCGACGUCGGCUACCCCGGUGGCCUCUGGUUCGACCCUCUUGGCUGGGGCAGCGGCUCCCCUGAGAAAGUCAAAGAACUCAGGACCAAGGAGAUUAAGAACGGCCGGCUCGCUAUGUUGGCCGUCAUGGGUGCUUGGUUCCAAGCCAUCUACACCGGCACCGGCCCCAUUGACAACCUCUUUGCCCACCUUGCCGACCCUGGCCAUGCCACCAUUUUUGCUGCUUUCACCCCCAAGUGAAGUGAUGAAAGCAAGCAAAAGAGUGGCAACAGCUGGUGGAUGGAGGUCGAUGCAUUAAUUCUGCAAACAUCUCAUCUUAAUUAAGACUGUUUGUCUAAGUAAGUGAUGGAAGCAUGUUUCGUCUGUCUGAUGAUUAGUAGUAGAAUUUGCAGUGGCUUGCCUGUUUAAUUCCGUCUCGUCUAAUCUGUAGAAAGACCCCAUAUUCUUGCAGUGUAAAAAUACCUCUUUAAUUGUUUUAAUAUAUUAUUAUUAUUAUUAUUAUUAAAA